AAAACUUUGUUAAAAUGAAAUAAUUUGUUUAAUUUUAAUUAAAAUGCUUUUAUUUCGCUUAAAACUAAAAAAAAAAAUAAGGAAAGAAAAAUGAGCAGAUGUGCCGUUCAAUCGAGGAAGCAGUGGCUAGGCACAAGUCCAUGAGGUUUUAGCACGUUUCUUCAAAAUUUGUAGUGUAAUUUUCCCCCCGACUCCUAGCAUGGCCAGCACAGCCUCAGACAAAGUUCAGCAGUACAAGGACAGUUUAAAGCGAAAGGCUGAACAGCUGAUUUUGACUGGAUUCCCCGAGAAAAUAGUUCUAUUGAAUGAAAUUUUGGAAUCGCCAAUUUUAAAUGUAAAAGAUCUGACAAACGUCCAUCAGAAAGUGAACAUCCCCAUACCGGAACCUGUACAAUUUAAUAAUGGUGUUGUCAGCAGCUGUUCCGAUGAACCAGCGCCAAAAAGGCAGAGGACGUCUUCAGAAAGCACCACGACCAACUGUGUAGAAGGGACAAAGGUUCUGACUUUGGAAGGUGGUCCGGUUUCCUGCAACCAAACUUUGUCCCAAGUUAUCAGGACUGUCAAGCCGCACAUCAAGCAGCUUGUGGAGGAUGCUAAUCUUUUAAAGAUGUGGAUAUCUUUCAUGAUACCAAAGAUUGAGGAUGGUAACAACUUUGGUGUCUCAGUGCAGGAGGAAACAUUGGCUGAAAUUCAAUCUGUCGAAUCUGAAGCUGCUGCCUUUUUUGAUCAAAUUUCAAGAUAUUUUUGUUCAAGGGCAAAAAUUAUAUCUAAGGUGGCAAAAUACCCUCAUGUAGAGGAUUAUCGUCAAGCUGUACGGGAACUGGACGAAAAGGAAUACCUCAGUAUGUGGCUGGUGAUGUGCGAAAUCCGAAACAGGUACUGCACUCUUCAUGAUAUCGUCACGAAGAACCUCGAGAAGAUAAAGAAACCGAGAUCGACCAAUUCAGAGUCGUUGUACUGAAGGAAAUGAUCCGAUAGGGCUUCGCCCUUUGUAUUUUAGCUUGCCGAGUCCAUAAUUCUUCUUUUGCCACCUCUUGACUGACACAAGACAAUGGGAGGAGGGGAAAAUGAGGAAGGAACUACAAGUUUUCAUUAGGAACUCGAUGUCUGUUUUCCCUUUAGAGGGAUUGAUGGAUUUUUUUUUGUUUUCUUCGAGUUAUUUCUUUUUUUCUGUUCAUUAUUUGACCGAUUUUUUUUUCUAUUUUUUAAUUAUAACUCGAACCGGUCUACUUCAGGACUGAGUUUACCUUCCAAAGGACUGAUGUACCCGUUAGAUAUAACUUUAGCCUUUCAAUUUUUAAACACUUGAAACUGUUAAGAUUUAAAAUCAGUAUAUGUCCCCUGUAUAAUUGAUAAAUAAUUUUGUCACAUAAUAACAUGAUCGAUUUUGAAUAUAUUAAUAUGUGCUCCAAGCACUUGACUUUAUAAAAUGGGCUACAGUUAUAUCUCAACAUAAUCAUUCAGCUUGUAUAUAUAUUUUUAUACUUAAUGGAGUUAAUGCUGUACUCUAAAAAAAAAAAAAGAAAAAAAUGUUUGAGCUGUUGAAAUGACUUUUAGUGAAUUUAAUCCGUCUAUCAGUUUGUUAAUUGUCUAAUAAUAACUUGAAUAAAAUAUUUUGUAUCUUCACAUUUAAAAAAAAAAAUUAAUAAAAAUAAAAAAAAAACAGGAAAAAUUCUUUACAAAUAUGAUCCCACUGUUUUUGUGGCUGUCACAGACUUUUUGUCAUAAGUGUAUGCACGUAGUAAUGCUUAGAAAUAAUGAUAUACAAAUAUAUAUAGAUAUAAAUAAAUUGUAAAUAAAAUAGACAAAACAUUUUCUUAAGUUGUUAGGGGUUAUUUUUUAACAAUCUUGUACAGACCUUGUAUGAUUUAUUUUAUUUAAUAUAACAUUUUUGAUUUUAAGAAAAAUCAAACAAAAAAAAAAAACUGUCUUUAUUGUGAUACAUUCCUAAGGCUUUUAUUAUAGAGCUUCAGUGUAAAUUAUUAUUCUAUAGAAGUGCAUAAAUAUUUUAAAAAUUUCUAAUCUAUGAUGUUAAUACAGUGUUUAAUUGUUUGUAAAUGUGUCUCAUGUUACCAGUGUAACAUGUUUGAUAUUAAUCUCACUGCCUUGAGAUUAAUAAUUAAAAAUAUCAAAUGCUCAUAAUGGAUAGAGUACAAGGAUCUUUCAACGAAGAAAUAAUAAAAAUUAUAAAAAGUCAGUUGAUUUUUGCGUACUUCCUGUGAAAAAAUCUUGUUACGAAUUUCAUCCCAGAUCUUCAUAUAAAGCAUUACAUUCUGUGGUACAGACCCCUUUUUAUCGAAUUUUUAACAUCCGCCUGAAACUUCAUAAAUAGUUUCAUCUCAUCGUAGCCUACAACUAUUUUAUUUCCGAAAACUCUUGGAAUUGGGGUGUUUUCAUUCUGGAGGAAGCAAACUUUGUCUAAUUAGGUACUAAAACCUUGCAAAUACCCAUUUACUUUCUACUUGGAUCAUAGGAUAAUUUGAUCACAAAAUCUAUAAAAAAAGCCGGCCUGCAAACAUAUUGAGCCGUUUGUCCUAUAUAACCUCGUUAUUUGGAAAAAUAGAGUGUGUAGUUCAUGCUAAACAGCUCAAUAUUUUUGAAGGCCACCUUUUUUCUCGAUUAUGUGAUCAAAUUAUCUUACGAUCCUAGUAGAAAGCAAAUGGGUAUUUACGUGUUUUUAGUACCCAAUUAAACAGACGAAAGUUUGCCCCCUCCAGAUUUAAAAUGUCCCAAUUCCAAUUGUUUUCGUAAAUAAAAUAGUUGUAAGUUUCAGGCGGAUGUUAAUAAUUCAAUAAAAAGGGGUCUUUACCACACGGACUAUUAGGUAAUAUAUUUUUAUUUACAUGCAUAUAAAUUUAGAAGGCAAUUUAAUCUAGCAUUAAGAGUUGUAGGAUUGCCAGGUUGGGUUUUUUAAUUUUUUUCUCGCCUUUUAGACAGAAGGGGGUUUUCCUGGACCAGGGGAUGAGGACGGGGAAUUAAUGUCAAGAGUUUAAAGACUCCCUGGCAUGGGGCCUCGUUAUUUAUUUUGUCUAUAACUUGGUUUCCAGCUUGCUGGGCAAUGCGCGAUAUGGACACACAUUAGUCCACUCGUCCAUCCUCUCUUUCACUUACCUAUGUAUGAAAUAUAUAGCAAGGGAAAAUAUUGCGAUCAUGAAUAUUUUCAAAUCCAAGUUUUUAAUUUUAAAAUAUACGUUUUGAGGACCCCUGGUUGCGGUUUUUACAUGCCUGGGAUGUUCCAGCUUUUUGAUCGAAAUCGGCUUAUUGACAGUGCCACUCUGUAUCAUCGAUUUUACAAACUUCUCGAAAUUUUGGUUCCUUAUUUUUGUAUUAAAAUGUUAUUUGGAAUACUUUUAAUUUUUAUUAAAUCUACUGUUUAAAAGCUUAAUCAUCUUAUUAGAAAAUACAUAUUAAAAUGAGUGAUAAAAAUUAUUUUUAAAAAACAUCUUGAAUUUUUAAGGUUAAUUUAUUUACCAUAAUUGUGGGUAAAUGGUUGACUGUCUUGAAUAAUGAAGAGAAGAAUAGUUGGGGUGAUCAGUCAAAUAAGAAGGCAAAAAUAAAUGAUAAUAUUUAUUUUGACAUUUGCCGACGUUUCGACCUGAAGUUCAGGCCAUCAUCAGGGCUAAGAAAAGAACCAGAUAACAAGCUAUGAGAAACAUAAAUAGUGUAGGUAAAUAAAAUUAAAGUAAAAUGCAGUUGUUAGAAUAAUGACAAUAGUAAGAACUAAGAGAUAAAUAAUAAUAACCGUUACAAAGUGUGGAAUGAUGAAGUAAAUAUAAU